AUGUCGAAUACAAACCAAGGGUUGUACACCUUGGCUACCAUAAUCAAGCGAUUGGAGGCGGUCGCGUCACGAUUCGAGGACCUUGAGGAGACUACACGGAGCAGAACUUCCAAACGACAGAGCACUAGCACCGUAACUGAUGUCUCAGAAGCUCAAGCCGUCCAUUCGCCACGUCUAGAACCACUGGUCCCUCCUGCGGUCGUGAUCCAGCCGCUUUCGCCGCCGAGUGUGACAGCAUUCGAUACGAUCGUCAUCGAUGGCAAGCUCAGGGCCUUCGUGGAGUUGACGAAGGCCUUUGCCCCUCAAUUCUUGAUUGAUCAGGUCACACUAUUUGUCGAUGAGCUGAAUCUGCUGCGCAACCUUCUGCUUACUGCCGCAGCAUGCAAGAAGCCUGAUCAUAAGGCCUUUGUGAAGCUGUUGGAGCCGCUGCAAACUGCCAUCGAAUCAAUUUCACGUGCCAAGGUUACUCAUGGAAAGGAGACAGCAUGGGUCAACCACCUUUCAGCUGUUGCCGAGAGCGCCCCAUGCGUAGGUUGGGUCACUGUGGAACCGAAACCUGCAACAUACGUCAAUGAUGUCAAAGACUCUAGCAGAUUUUUCACAGAUAGAGUGCUGAAGGAGUAUAAGGGGAAGGACCCUAAGCAUACAGAUUGGGUUCGAGCCCUCAUGGCCGUCGUAGAUGAGAUGAAACGCUACGUUCUGGAGAAUCAUCCUGUUGGCCUUGCCUGGAAUGCUUCUGGCGUCCCUGUUUCCGAGUACAAGGCUCCCUCGCCAACACCUGUGGUAUCUGGCGCAGCGGCACCUCCGCCUCCGCCUCCACCCCCUCCUCCGCCCCCGCCUGUCGAAGUUGCUGCUGUGCCUCCGGCUGUUGGUGGCACAGCUGCCGUGAUGGCUGAAUUGAAUCGCGGAGCGGAAGUGACCAAGGGAUUGAGGAAAGUGGAUAAGAGUGAAAUGACCCACAAGAAUCCAGCGCUUCGCGCUAGCAGCGUGGUCCCGGCCUCAGCAGCCGCAUCAUCUGGCAAGAAGCCUGUGAAGCCUGCUAAACCACAUGCUUUGAUGGGCAAGAAGCCUGCCAAGUUUGCGUUGGAGAGCAACAAGUGGCUGAUCGAAUAUCAAGAGAAUGAACCCGCAUUGGAGGUCUCCGGUGCGGAGAUCAACCAAAUUGUCAAUAUAUUUGGUUGCAAGAACACCACUGUUGUCAUUAAGGGGAAAGUGAACGCAGUAACAAUGCUUAACUGCACCAAGACGUCAGUCCUGGUGGACUCGGUAAUUUCAUCCGUUGAAAUCACCAAGUCGGCUUCGUUUGCGUUGCAGAUCACUGGGACUGCGCCGACGAUCCAGGUGGAUUCGACGGAUUCGGGACAGAUAUACCUCUCGAAAGCGUGUCUUGGAGUGGAAAUUACCACAGCCAAAUGCAGUGCUAUCAACGUAAGCGUACCCGUUGAAGGCGAGGAAGAUGGCAUAUUCCAAGAGCAGGCUGUGCCAGAGAUGUUGAAGACGGUUGUUCAGAAUGGCAAACUUGUGACAUCUGUCGUCGAGCAUGUUGGCUGA